GCAGAGGGUUGGCACAGAGCAAGGAAGCGAGCCUGGCAGGGGCCCUGGGAACUUGGGCCAUCUGAUUUCACAGAUUUCACGGGGUGGCGGGAGGUGCCAAGGCUACCAGAGGAGGUCUGCAGACGGGGACUUUUUUGGCCCUCUACCAGGCAGAGAGGGCGGAGCGAGCCGCAGGCGUCGGUGAACUCCGCCCCGAGGUCACGUGGGCUUGCCCGCGCGUGCGCACGAGGCCCCGCCUACCGUCGGCUGACCUGGGGGGUGGGGAGAGGAAGCCCGAGGCACUGUGAACCAAAGGAAGGAAGAGUGGGACGAAUCGGAGGUUUGCUCGAGUGCCUGCCGAGGUGCAGAAGGCGGGGCUAUGUAGUAACUGAAGUUCCGGAGGGGGGAGAGGGCGGGCCCAAGGGAGUGCGCAGGCGCGUGGCGCCCUGAAGCUGGGGACAACUCUACGUGUACUCUCUGUGGGCGUGGGCGCCUGCGCACUCGGAAGGUAACUGUCACCCUGGGAGGCAGCGGUGGCGGUGGCGGCGGCGGCGGCGGCGGCAGCGGCAGUGGCAGUGUUGUUGGUGCGAGGCUCCUGGGCCCCAGGUCAGAGGAGACGGGAUGGCGGCCUCCCCAGGGACCGGAGGAGCGGCCGAAGAUGAAGAGCAGCGGGAGGUGGUCCGGGUCCGAGUCAAGAAGGUCGAGGGCUUCCUGCAACCUGACUUCCGGACAUUCGCUGUGGAUCCCCAGAUCACUUCCCUAGAUGUCCUGCAGCACAUCCUGAUCCGAGCCUUUGACCUGAGUGGGAAGAAGCAUUUUGGCAUCAGCUACCUGGGCCGAGAGAAGAUGGGUCCUGAGGUCUAUAUCCCCCUGACCUCAGAGGGGGAUCUGAGUGCAGCCUUCACUAGUUCCUCCCAGCCCUACCUCCAGCUGCGUGUGGACGUCAGACCUUUGGAGGAAAGUCCCCUCUUGGAAGACUGGGAUAUCAUUAGUCCCAAGGAUGUCAUUGGCACUGACCUGCUGCCUGUGGAGAAGCGCUCUCUGACGGCUGUGGCCUUGCCUUUCACGCAGUCCAUCCUCUCACAGGUGGGUCGAACACUCUCCAAGGUCCAGCAGGUACUGAGCUGGUCCUAUGGGGAAGACCUCAAGCCCUUUAAACCCCCACUCAGUGAUGCCGAGUUUCACACCUACCUGAACCGUGAGGGCCAGCUGUGCCGGCCUGAAGAACUACGCCUUCGCAUUUACCAUGGAGGAGUGGAGCCUUCCCUCCGCAAGGUGGUGUGGAGGUACCUGCUCAAUGUGUACCCUGAUGGACUGACGGGCCAGGAGCGGAUGGACUAUAUGAAACGGAAGACACUUGAAUACAACCAGCUGAAGAGUGAGUGGCAGCAGCGCACCAGCACUGAGGACCUGGAGUUCAUCCGCAGCAAUGUGCUGAAGGACGUCCUGCGAACAGACCGUGCCCAUCCCUACUACGCGGGGCCUGAGGACAACCCCCACCUCCUGGCCCUACACGACCUGCUCACCACGUAUGCUGUCACCCACCCCCAGAUCUCUUACUGCCAGGGCAUGAGCGACAUUGCCUCCCCCAUCCUAGCUGUCAUGGACAAUGAGGGCCAUGCCUUCAUCUGCUUCUGUGGCAUCAUGAAGCGCCUAGAGGCCAACUUCCGCCUGGAUGGUGAGGCGAUGUCCGUCAAGUUCUCCCACCUGAAGCUUCUGCUCCAGUAUUCAGACCCUGAAUUCUAUAGCUACCUCCUCUCCACUGGGGCCGAUGACCUCUUCUUUUGCUAUCGUUGGCUGUUGCUUGAGCUCAAGCGUGAAUUUGCCUUUGAAGAUGCUCUGAGGAUGCUGGAAGUAACAUGGAGCUCUUUGCCCCCAGACCCACCAGAAAAAGAGGUAGAGCUCGUGGGCUUUCCUGCUUCAGCCAGAGAUGGUGAGCAGCCUAUUCGCCAGAGGCAUAUGCUGAGGCCCACAUACUAUGGCCUGGACGAAACUGGAAACAAAGUGCUGCAUCCAAGGGGAGACAAGAAGGAGGAGAGCCUGGCUCUGGAGGAGAGUGAGGAGCCAGCCUCUAGGGAGAAGCCCCUAGCCAGACAAGCCAGUGUUGAGGACCAUCGGCCUUACCAGGCCCCAGCUUUACAGGCUGCUGAGGAGGUGCAGUGGGGCAUCCCUUCACAGCUCCUAGGCCAGUUGGCCACGGAGGAGGAAAGCACAAGGGCUGGUGUGCUGGUCCCACUGGCGCUACCUCUUCAUAUGACCAAGUCCUUUUCAGCUCCGUCCCUGAGACCUCUGAUUCCUCCUACCUCCCCAUUAGCAGCCCAAUCCCCAUUGUCCACAGAGCCCAUCCAGGCAGGGGAGGAGAGCAGCGACAAGGGGGGCUCCCUGGGGAAAAGCCUGUCAUCGCCUUGCUCAACCACACUUCUGCCACCACCGCCGCCCCCCAUCCCCCCCCCACCGCCAGCCGGAGCUGUUGUGAGCCUCCCGCCACCCCAGGAGUUUGGCCGAGGGAAUCCCUUCAUGCUUUUUUUGUGCUUGGCCAUCCUGCUUGAGCACCGGGACCAUAUCAUGAAGCGUAGUAUGGACUACAAUGAGCUAGCCAUGCACUUUGACCGCCUGGUGCGGAGGCAUCACCUCGGGAAGGUUCUCCACCGUGCUAAGACACUAUUUGCCGACUACCUGCAGUCCGAGGUGUGGGACUCCGAGGAAGGUGAUGAGGCCGCAGCCGACUCUCCCCCUGCUACUGCCUCUGCUGCCACCACCACUGCCGUCUCCGCCGCCGCCGCUGCCACCACUACUACUACCCCCACAGCCUCCUGACCCCAGGAACCUCCCUCCUUCCCUCCCUCUCUCCCCAUCCUAUCUGUGCCAGCUGCUGCCAAGAAAGGGGAUCCUGGGUGAAACAAGCCACCAGCUACCUCCCUCUGCCUCUAUCUCUGCAUUCCCCUUAUCUGCCAGCCUGCCAGCCUGCCUGCCUGCCUGCCUGCCUGCCUGCCUCCCUCCCUCCCAAGGAAGAUGACAGAUUUAGCGCUCAGUCUGAAUCCCAGCAGCUCUCCAGUCUGCCAGACCAUUAGCCCAGUUUCCCCCAGAAGUUGCCCUGAGUUGAGAGGCUCUUCCUACUAGUUUUCUGGGGGAUGGAGAGAUCUGAAUGCAGCCUCCAGACCUCCUCUUGGCUUUGAGGGGUCAGGGUCUUUCGGUGCCACUCUUGGGCAGUGAGGCUCCUGAGCCCUGGGUCUGUUUACAUUCUCACCCAGGGCUUGCUCCUUUCGAGUAAAGCAGGGCUGGCUCACCCACUUCACAGUGAUUGAAGACUUGGGUAGAGUGGCCCCUGGGUGCUGGCUACUUGACAUCCAAGGCAGGCAGAACUGAGGGGGCCUGGUCAGGAGGAACUUGCAGCCACCCCAUAACUCCCCCUCAGGGGCCUUGUGUCUACUAGGGAGGUACAACUCCUCCAGAGAUGCUGUUACUAUGGCUGCUUGUCCCGUUUGCUGAGAAGUAGAACAGAGGGAGGGGAGGCACCACUAGGCACCCCCUGGAAUCAGCGGCUUUAUUGUGUGAACAAUAAACACCUGCUAACUUCCAA